UUCAGCGUGUCACCGUCUGCGUGCGGUGAAUCGGGAAAAUGUUUUCCUUUCUGCCGCCUUGAUAAUUACAAUGUUACAGAAUCAUUAACGGACACCUGGCUUCAUUAGCAGAAUGUGGCGUGGUUUCUGGUGAAUUUCCCGCCCGUUUCCGUAAUUAAAUGUAUCUUUAUAACGUCCAGCAACAGCAGAAACGGACUAAACACACACACAUUACACAUCUCUUUAUAUUAUUAUAUUCAGCUCUGAAUUGGAAGCAAAACCUGUUUUAAACCGGAAAAUCUCCCCCACUGGGUCCAGUUAUGGUAUUACGAACAUUUCUUCCACUUUGAUGAGUGUCAGUUAUAUUAGUUGACCGCUACACACCCUAAUAUUCGGUUAGGUUUACCGCAAACCACAAAGAAAACCCGAGAAUAAUGAAUGAACGACUGAAAGAACUUCGAGAGAGAUCUCAGGAAAGGAAGAAGCUUCUGGCCUUGGCUCUGGGAGCUUCCGGUCCAGAAGGAUUAAAGACAAUUCUACACAGUGAUGUUAACGCUGAGAAGAAGCUUCAGGACAGCGCCAGCGGGAGCAGCAGUUUGAACUAUCCUUCCCGUCUCACUACAUCCAGCGAAACUUCUGUAGCAUUGGACAACAACAAGAACAAGACUUUUGAUGAUAUUGAUGAAUAUGAGCCUGAAGAAAUCUACACCGAUUCCAGUACAUUUCUGAAGGGGACACAAAGUGCUAACCCUCACAAUGAUUACUGCCAGCAUUUUGUCGACACUGGUGAGCGACCCCAGAACUUCAUCCGAGAUGUUGGAUUGGCCAACAGAUUUGAAGAAUAUCCGAAAUUGCGGGAACUGAUCCGACUUAAAGACAGUUUAAUUGGGAAGUCAAACACUCCUCCGAUGUACCUCGCUUGUGAUUUGGAGACAUUUGACUUCAACGACUUGGACUGCAAAUUUGACGUCAUAUUGAUCGAACCACCUUUGGAAGAAUACCAGAGAUCUCAUGGAGUCGUCCACGACAAAUACUGGAGCUGGGACGAGAUUGAACGCCUGGACAUUCCAGCAGUGGCUGCCCAACGGUCAUUCUUGUGGAUAUGGUGUGGCAAUGCCGAAGGUUUGGAACGAGGAAGAACAUGCCUGAAACGGUGGGGGUUUCGAAGAUGUGAAGACAUUUGUUGGGUUAAAACGAAUAUAAAAAACCCAGGACACAACAAGAACUUACAACCCAACGCUACUUUCCAGAGGACCAAGGAGCACUGUCUGAUGGGUAUAAAAGGUACGGUGAAGCGUAGCACAGAUGGUGACUUCAUUCACGCCAACGUGGACAUCGACCUGAUCAUCGAAGAGGAGUCUGAGUACUCGAGCAAGGACAAACCCGUUGAGAUCUUUCAUAUUAUAGAACAUUUCUGUCUGGGCAAGAGGCGGUUGCACAUAUUUGGCAGGGACAGCACGAUCCGUCCAGGCUGGGUGACCAUAGGGCCAGAGUUGACCAGCAGCAACUUCAAUGCCAACAUGUACAAACAAAUUGUGAACAAAGACGUGUUUGGUCACCUGACUGGCUGCACGGAUGAAAUCGAACGGCUCCGGCCGAAGUCCCCGCCUCCCAAGAACAAGCCCGGAAACAACAGCUCGGAGAGGGGCAACAAAGACGGCCGUGGUGGUGUGUCUGGACGAGGGGGCGUCUCCGGACGAGGUGGCAAUCCCAGUCGAGGCUCGUCGCAGCCGAGAGGUGGUGGCAACAAGGGCAUGUUGGUCAGUAGCCGAGGGCACCUUGGUCGGAGCCGUGGUGGUGUGAUGGGUAAUAGAAUGCGAGGAGGUGGGCGUGGUGGUUUCCGUGGACGUGGGCACAGGGGCAACCAAAUGCAACGAUAAGUCUGUUCACCUUAGGGACCACUUCUUCCCUAACCCCUGCUCCAUUUUGGCAGUGACAUUGAUCCCUUCUUCAUGGAAUACUUUACAGAAACCAACAUUCUCCAU